AAUUUAAGUUUAGACAGUGUUAGACAAAAAUUUAGAAAGGUACAAUCUGUGCGACAGUUACGAAGAUGGGCUCAUACUUUAAAUCAGGGAGGGACUUAUAAGGAAAAAUUAGCAAAAAUUUGUGAAUAUACAUUACAAAAUUUCAAAGCAGCUAUAGAUGCAGGUUUAAUCGUACAUGAUUGUGACAUAAAAAGAUGGGCCUUACAAGCUCAAAAAGAAAUUGGUGCGGAAGAUUUCCGUUUUAAAGCAUCAACAAAGUGGAUCGCGUCAUUCAAAAGAGCACAUCGCAUCGUAUCAAGAAAAAUAAAUAAGUUUAUCACGUCCAAAACCAUUGAAGAUAGUAAAUCAUUAAAACAGCAAGCUGAGGAAUUCGUCAAUAAUGUAAAACAAAAAAUUAAAAUUUAUGAAUUAGCAAACGUAUAUAAUUCAGAUCAAAGUGGUUUUCAGUUGGAAAUGCAUUCCGGUCGAACUUUAGCUGUUGAAGGAGAGAAGCAAGUAGAAUGUCUUGUACAAUAUGUUACUUCUACUACUCAUAGUUACACAGUUCAACCAACUGUAUCCGCUGAUGGAAAGCUUUUAUCCCCACUUUUUUUGGUUCUAAAAGAACCAAGUGGUAAAUUUGGACCAAUAGUUGAAACAACACUUUUUAGACCUCAUAAUGUAUACAUAGAAGCAUCAAAAUCAGGAAAACUUACAUCAGAUCAUUUCAAAAUUUGGUUGGAGAGGGUGUUUUUUCCAAAUGUGGGCCCAAAAUCUUUAUUACUAAUUGACUCAUGGACUGGGCAUUGUCCUCAAGUUGUACAAAGCGUUAAACCAACAAAUAAAGAUACUGAAGUAAUGAUCUUACCAAAAGAUACAACUGGGAAAAUUCAACCGCUUGAUGUUUUUGGAUUCCGAGUAUGGAAAAAUUUUGUUCGAUAUUUUUCGGAUCGUACAGUUUUGAUGAAUUUGGAUAUAAACUUGCAUUUACGAAAUAACAUUAUAAAAUUACAAUCACUUACACAUAUCCAAUUGUCAUCUCCUCGGUACAUAAAUUUAUUCAAGUACUCGUGGUACAAAAGUGGCUACACAGAAGUAAAACCAGAUGAGUUCGAAAAUCCUGUGGAUUUUGCAUUUCACGGAUCAUGCAAUUCUCAUUGUGAGGUUCCUGGUUGUCAAAAUAUAGCAAUUAUCCGCUGUUCAUGGUGCAAAAAGUCGUUGUGUUUUCAACAUUUUUUUCAUGAACAUCACGAUUGCAAAACAUAUAUUGAAUAGAUCUGCAUAUGACAAAAUGAUGAAUUUAAGUAUUAAAUUUCAUAAACAUCAGAAAUAUUAAAUAUUUUUGUAAAAAAUCAUUUGUAA